AUGCAGUGUCAGGUUCGUAUUGCGUUGCCCAAAGCACAGUUGGCAUCAUCGAUACGGUGCUGGCACGAUCGAUGCGCUGUGCCACGUGUUGUGGACGAUCCGGAGGCAAAAAUGCAUACAAUAACGGACGCAGGUUAUCGGUAUCGCUACCAUCGGCCCGGUGUUGACACACUGCCACGAUUGCCCGGUUGCAAAGUACCGGUGCAUAGGCCCGACUACAAAGUACGAGAUAACUGGAGCAAAGCACAGGCCAGAUUUUAA